AGCUAACUACACCAACGUGUCAAUAAAAAGACUGAAUAAUUUCUUUACCCCAAAAGAAAGACGAUGGCUGAACGACAGUUAAGCUCAGAGCUUGGUACUGUAGAGUGCUAUGUGUUUAUCGAUGACUCUAACCUUUGGAUCGAGGGCCAAAAAGCUCAAGGAAGAAAGCUGAAAGAUACUGAUAUCGAUCCACGCUAUCGAACUGAUCUAGGUCGGUUUCUAAAUAUGGUGCUUAACAGGGAACAAACAGAGAGAAGCAUCAACAAAGCCUUCUUGUAUGGCUCUAUUCCACCACCGAAUGACACUCUGUGGAAUGCAGCGAGAAAGAAAAACUUUGAGGUAAAAACAUUCCAGCGAUCAAUCAGUGGAAAAGAAAAAAAAGUGGAUGUGGCCAUGGCAACCGACAUCACAGAUGUUGCAACAGAAAAGAAAUAUUCCGAUUCUGAGAGACAGACUGUCUUCAUUGUUGUAACCGGUGACAAAGAUCUGAUUACCCCAAUAGAGGUUGCAAUGACAAAGAGUAAGCUUAUUUCCAUAGAGCUAUGGGCCUGGGAUUUUAGUAUGGCUAGAGAGUUUAAACAGCUUGCUAACAAAGAAGACAGGCUUACAGUCCGGAAGCUUGACACUGUGGAGUUCACAUUUUCUUACAAGGAGUUUAAAUCCACCAGAAGCAAAGCUAUCGAUCCAACAAAAGCUAUAGUGUACAGAGAUGUUCCACUUAACAGACGGUUCUACUAUGCUUUUGCUAACGACAUGUGCCGCUUACUACGCCUCUUCUACAUCACUAGCAUCGACUUGAAUGGAAAAAGAGAUAUCAUUGUUGAAUUUCCGAAAACAAGGAUAGAAGUUGUACUUGGCGAGCUAAAACGCUGUAAAAUUGGAAACGAGCCAUGUAGCUACCCCGAGUAUAUGACAACACGUACAGAGCAAACUGAAGCACUUUCUACAACAAAUCGCUUUGAAGCUCUUGCUGACCUUGAUGACAGUGAAGAUGCAUUUAGUGAGGCUAUUGAGUCUUCUUUGAGCCUCGAUUUAGACGAACUAGCUAUUUUCACACAAGAGGACGGUGCUACUGGCUCAGAGUCAGACAUGGAUGAUACAUGGAUCUUAGUAGCUAGAAGCAAAGCAGGGGAAAAGGCUUGGAAACAAAAAAGAAAAACAUUAGAGUGUAAGUUUGGCAUCCACUGCUCCUCUGCAUCAGCUUGUCCAUAUCUACACAGUGACCAAGAACAAAAAACCUUUCGUGUUCUAUCACAUGUCAAGUUUAAAUUUUGGAAAACUAGGCUUUGCACUAAACAAGAGCACCAAGAGCCCUCUACAGUGGAACCUGAGCGACUAGCACAAUGUCAAUAUGCACACAAUGACACUGACUCCUGGUGUUUGGAAUGUGUUAUGUACGGACACCUUACAGAGGAUUGCAAAGUAAAAUAAAUAUGCAGCAAACAAGAAACUGAACUUGAGCAAUUAAUGUAACAAAUAAUUAAAAUAUGUACGUACCACGACGUUUUGUAGUACAAUGUAACAUACAACACUUUCUUAGUUAAGCAAAAAAUCUGAAGCC